CUCACUUUCAGGGGCUCCAGCAAAAUUGACCUUUACGCAGGUGCCAUGAACGAGGCCCCUGUUUCUGGAGGUGUGGUUGGUCCAACGAUUGCCUACAUACUUGGACAGCAAUAUAGUGACAUACGGUCUGGUGAUCGAUUCUGGCAUGAGACGACCAAUACAACUCUUGGCUUCACAACAAGUCAACUAGCCGAGAUCGACAAAAUAACUCUGGCUCGUGUGAUCUGUACCAACACCGGCAUAACAUCCAUCCAGCCCGACGCCUUCAGCAUCCCAGACGCAACGUCUAACGCUGAAGUCAGCUGCAGCAGCCUUGGUGACAUUAACUUCUCCGAGUUUUAAUUGUCCUGAUAGAUUCUCAAGUGAUGUUCACAAUUCAGAAUACUGACGAAAUAAAAAUAUUUCAGCAAUAAA